CUUCGACCUCUUCCCCCGUUUGAACCUUGUUCCAAUUCAGAUUCUUCUCUUGUGAACAAGCGUAUUAUACGGAACGACCACCACAACAUGCAUAAGCCGGUGCUAUCUCAGCUUGUGUACAAUGCCAUUUUCCCGAGGCCGCGCACAAACGAACCAUCCACAUUUGCGUCCCUUAUCACCCGACAUCUUGUUCCUGAGGUUCGCAUCGAAACUUCCACUUUCUAUGGCACCCUUGACUGUAUUGAAGCCCAAUAUCCUGGGCUCGAUUAUUCCUUCCCCCCGCACCGAAUGAGGUUGGGUCGCUUCGCAUGGCAUCAGAAGUUGUUCAAGGCGUUCGACGAACUAGGAUUGACGGAAGCUGAAAUCGCUUCGCUUUGUCGUUGGGAGGGUACAAAGUGGGCUAGGGAUCGUUACGAACGGGAUAAAGCUGUCCAGGUUAGGGAUACCACGACAGACAAUAUUAGGUGUGCUACUCCGCCACUACCACCGUCGGUCUAUAUACAUAAAUACGUAGAAGAUAGCCCCCGAAACCACCAGCUUCCGGAUCUUAAAAACGAAGACAGGUUCCCGGAAUUAGAAAUCAUAUCAGAGCUGCACAGCCGCGAGGAAGACGAAGAAGAAACGAGUGAUGACGGUGAUGAAAUGGAAAGUUAUGGGGUUACGUUAAACCAACGUCUACUCCAGGCAGCGGAAGCGCGACAACAAGGAGCGGAUGUGUCUCUUGAUGAAGAUUGGGAGCAGUGGCUGAAGGAAGCCUCUGAACAUAAUGCAUACACGGGAAUGCUUCAUGCAAUUCGAUCUGGCCGACCGCUAAACGUUUCGCUCACCAACGUACCUUUGCACUCGCCGCCAUCAUCAUCAGACACCGCCGCUGACGUUCGCAGCCAUGGGGCAUCCAGUGCGAGCAAUUCUAGCAGGCCCGUUCCAAUGUCAAACAGACGUUCCGGAUCGACAACUAUAAGAUCUAGCAUCGCCGCCAGAUCCGCAGUUGACUCUUCGUCAAAUCCCGCUCCGGAAGCUGCGAGAUAGCUGCAAUGAUAGACUCCUACAGCUCUUUACGACAUUGAUCUUAGUACCUGCGGAAAUCAUCUGAUCGGACUUUAUCCUGGCCCUGCAAUUUAAAUACUCUCGGUUUGUUACCUCUGGACGGAUGACUGUUUAUUUCCUUUCUCUCUGAUGCAUUUUUCCGGUGUGUGUUUCCACCGCCGGUAUAUUUCUCUUAUUUCAUUGUCAAUAUGGCGUUAAUACUGGGAGAUUAUGGUACAUCUCCGUCGUUUCUUCUAUCUCGUAUGUUUCUGCAGGCGGCUCCCACAAAUAGAUUUCUAUGAUUCCCUUAGCUUCUUUCGAGCUAUUCAGCGAUGAUGACGGUUUAUUCCUAGAUAUAAUUUAGUUCUCAUUGUUUGAUCCUAUGCCCCCUCUUUUUUCAACUUUUGCUUCUGCUGUUAUCCAAGUGGGAAGAGUUGUGCUAAUGGGACUGAUCUCCAACUUCUACCCAGUGCUCACGGAGUAGCACAUUUUCAAGGGUAUAAUUGUCUCUAACAAUGGGUUUGAUUUGUUUUAAAUUCCAUCUCCUCCUGUGCAUGCACUAUGUUUGUCGCGUUCGCAUUUUGCUGGUAACUUAGCUCAUAAGUCGGGUUCUGUUCCAAUAAUCAACAUAACUACUGUAUUUCCCU